AUGUUUAACAAAACCCUUAAACAUCAGGGUAGGGUUAAAGCGAAGGUGCCAUGGGCUGCGGUCUGUUUGCCUAAGGAGGAAGGUGGGUUAGGCAUUAGGAGCAUUUCGGAUGUUAAUAAAGCUCUAAUGACUAACCAUAUUUGGAGCAUUCUCACUAAACGGAAGUCUCUUUGGGUUAAAUGGAUCUACUCGCAUAAAUUAAAUGGUAGAAGCUUGUGGGAUAUCUGUCCUCGAGGAAGUAUUAGUUGGGGUUGGAGGAAAAUUUUGGCCAUUCGAAGUACUGUUCGGCCCUUUGUAUGGAAGGCGGUUCGGAGUGGUACCCAAACUAAUUUAUGGAGUGAUAACUGGUGCCAGUAUAGUCCUCUUAAUUCUUUCAUUACUCCUAGAAGUAUUGCUAAUGCGGGCUUCAAUCUUAACUCCUCUAUUGCGGAUCUCAUUGAUGAUAAUGGCCACUGGAAGUGGCCUCAGGCAUGGUAUGAUUUAUAUCCGGUUUUAAUAGGAGUAAGUGUUCCUCAAUUGAUACAGAAUAUGGAAGAUAGUACAAGCUGGAAAGAUUUGGAUGGUAACACGAGGCCUUUCGGGUCAAUGGAAGUUUGGAAAAAUACUCGACAUCGUGAACAACCAGUUACAUGGGUUAAUGGUGUUUGGUUUAGUCAAUGCAUUCCAAGACACUCUUUUCACCUAUGGCUGGUUAUCAAGAAUAAGCUCAAGAUGCAAGAUCGGUUAGCCAUUUGGGAGGCGGGGAGUGAAACAAAUCUAAGACUUAUGUGUUGUCCUUUAUGUAGGAAUGACCGUGAUUCGUGA